AUGGCUGCUUCAGAGGGCGCACCAACACCGCAACCUUUCCGGAUGAACCCACCGCUUAUGCAAGCACCCGGCCAGUACAACGAGGAAGUUUUCCAAGGUCUUGACAUUUGUCUUGCCGAGAUGUCGAAGCGUGGCAUGCGUGCAACCAUGACGCUCAACAACGAGUGGCAAUGGAGUGGUGGUUUUGCACAGUAUGUGUCGUGGGCGAUGAACAACACUCAAAUCCCGUAUCCGCCAAGUUGGAAUUUGACAGCGUCGCCACAACGCGAGACGCCUGGUACAGGGUGGGGAAAUUACACAGUAGAGGGGGUUAAUGCUGCCUCGUACGGCGCAUUCACUGCGUUUGCUAACCUCAUCUACAACAACACGCAAGCAGAGCAAUGGUACAAGGACCACAUCAAGACAGUCAUUAACCGACGCAACACAGUCACCGGACGUCUGUACAACGAGGACCCAACAAUCAUGACAUGGCAACUAGCCAAUGAACCACAACCAUCCGACCAACUCGGCUACACAGGCCCCUACAGCAUCUUCCUCAAGCCCAACCCAGAUGACCUGCUCUUCCCUUGGGUCGACCGUAUAUCCACCUACAUUCGCACCAUGGCACCCAAACAGCUCAUCAAUGUCGGCCUCGAAAGUAAGCAAGGCGAAUACUACUUCAAGCGCGUGCACGGCUUCACAACCGUCGACUACGCCACCACCCACUGCUGGGUACAAAAUUGGGGCGUAUACGACAUGUACAACGCCACCGAUGCCAACCUGAAAGCCUCCCAAGAUUUCGCCCGCGACUUCAUGCACAACUCGAGUCGCUGGGCCAUGGAUAUCGGUAAACCGGUGUUCUUAGAGGAAUUCGGCAUGGCGCGUGAUAACUGGGUGAAUGCGGAGAAAGAGUACCCGUAUCUUAGUAGUGCUAGUACGACGCACAAGGAUGCGUAUUUUACGACUAUUAUCGGGGCUGUUAUGGAUGAGUUUAGGGACGGGGGCGCGUACGUUGGUACAUCGCCAUGGGCUUAUGGUGGGAUUUAUCGCCCGGAGACCCAGAGGGCGAAUAGGUUUGGGAUGGUUUGGGCGGGAGAUCCGCCGCAUGAGAGUCCGGGAUGGUAUGCCACAUUUUUUUUGCAAGUGAGUGUGAAUGGGGGCUAA